CCUAGUUUCUAAGGAUCAUGUCUGUGAGCCAGGAUUCCCGAUCUAGAGACAAUGGACCUGAUGGGAUGGAGCCCAAAGGCGUCAUUGAGAGUAACUGGAAUGAGAUUGUUGACAGCGUCGAUGACAUGAAUCUCUCGGAGUCCCUCCUCCAUGGUAUCUACACCUAUGGUUUUGAGAAGCCCUCUGCCAUCCAGCAGCGAGCCAUUCUUCCUUGUAUCAAGGGUUAUGAUGUGAUCAUUCAAGGCCAAUCUGGGACUGGGAAAACAGCCACAUUUGCUAUCUCGAUUUUGCAGCAGAUUGAAUUGGAUCUAAAGGCCACUCAGGCCUUAGUCUUAGCACUCACUCGAGAAUUGGCUCAGCAGAUACGGAAGGUGGUCAUGGCAUUAGGAGAUUACAUGGGUGCCUCCUGUCAUGCCUGCAUUGGGGGCACCAAUGUUCAUGCUGAAGUGCAAAAACUGCAAAUGGAAGCUCCCCAUAUCAUUGUGGGUACCCCUGGCCGAGUGUUUGAUAUGCUUAACCGGAGAUACCUGUCUCCCAAAUACAUCAAGAUGUUUGUACUGGAUGAAGCUGAUGAAAUGUUAAGCCGUGGAUUUAAGGACCAGAUCUAUGACAUAUUCCAAAAGCUCAACAGCAACACCCAGGUGGUUUUGCUGUCAGCUACAAUGCCUUCUGAUGCGCUUGAGGUGACCAAGAAGUUCAUGAGGGACCCUAUUCGGAUUCUUGUCAAGAAGGAAGAGUUGACCCUGGAGGGUAUUCGCCAAUUCUACAUCAAUGUGGAACGAGAGGAGUGGAAGCUGGACACACUGUGUGACUUGUAUGAAACCCUGACCAUCACCCAGGCAGUCAUCUUCAUCAACACCUGGAGGAUUGAUUGGCUCACUGAGAAGAUGCAUGCCCGAGAUUUCACUGUGUCUGCCAUGCAUGGAGAUAUGGACCAAAAGGAACGAGAUGUGAUCAUGAGAGAGUUCCAUUCUGGCUCAAGCCGAGUAUUGAUUACCACUGACCUGCUGGCCAGAGGCAUAGAUGUGCAACAGGUUUCUUUAGUCAUCAACUAUGAUCUUCCUACCAACAGAGAAAACCACAGAAUUGGUCGUGGUGGACGCUUUGGCCGUAAGGGUGUGGCUAUCAACAUGGUGACAGAAGAAGAUAAGAGGACUCUUAGAGACAUCGAGACCUUCUACAACACCUCCAUCGAGGAGAUGCCCCUCAACAUUGCAGACCUCAUCUGAGAGGGGCUGUCCUAAUACCUAGCCCCAGCCAGGGUUCAAUCUUGGGGGGCUGAGGAGUAGCAGGAGGGGGGAGGGAAGGGAGCCAAGGAAUGGACAUCUUGUCAUUUUUUUCUUUGAAUAAAUGUCACUUUUUGAAGCAAAA